AUGAUUGUUAUUGCAUGUGCAUUUUGUGCUCUGAAACAUGGUAUAGAAUCAUUAAGACACUACUAUGACAAGUUAGAGCAAGUAAACAUUGAUAAUUUAGAUCAACCAAAAUCUGACGAUAAAAGAAAUAGUGAUGAUUUUGGUGAUAAUGCUAAUGACGAUGGUGUCAGCAUUAAAAGGCAGAAUAAGAAAUUCUCGAAAUUGCGUAAAAUUUUCAAUAUCAGAAAAUCAAAAAAAUU